UGUAUUAAUUCAAGAAAAAUACGAUGUGUCUAUCCCAAGCCUCACUCUUGUUCUUACAUGUAUGUAUUUUCAUUUGUGGAGAAACUAUACAAGGUAACUGUGUUCAUCAUUCUGAUUCUCUAGUAGGUAACAAUGUAGAAGAUAAAGCUCACCUCAAAGAUGAAAGUCAAAGGAGCAAUACCGUGUGCAAGGAAGACUGUAAGGAGUCACGUGAUGCUAAGACCAAAGUAACUGGAGAAGAAAGACAUUUUAUGUGCAAAAAGCUGAAAAAUUCUAUUGUUUCUUAUACAAGAAGUACCAAAAAACUACUGAGAAAUAUAAUGGAUGAGCAACAAGCUCCUUUGGAUUGUUUAUCUAGCCAGGUUAAUGAGCUCAUGAAUCGAAUUCUCCUUUUGACUACAGAGGAUUUAGCAAACAGCUGGAAUCUUUUGCCGCCAGCCCAUGCAGUCACAUGUCUGGAGGACUGUUCCUGCUCUUCAGCCAGUUACAGUGCGUGUUCUUCAGAAGCUGAGGACUUUCCCACUGUCUGGAAGCCAUAUCUUGCACCCCAGUCCAUGGACAUGGUGCCACAAUCAAGCUGCACCUUCUGUUCUCAGCUGAACCUUUCUGGAGACCAUCUCAUGCACACAGCUGUAAUGUAUGACAUGGAUUUCAGAGGAGGAGGAGGAUGGACAGUAGUUCAGAAAAGGCUCAAUGGGACAUUUGACUUCCAGAGGCCAUGGUGUGAUUAUCUGGAUGGAUUUGAAGACCUUUUAGGAGAAUUUUGGCUAGGACUAAAAAAGAUUUUUUACAUAGUAAACCAGAAAGAUUCCAGUUUUGUGUUUCAUGUGGCCCCGGAGUCCGAGGACGACACCUUGGCUUAUGCUUUAUAUGAUAAUUUUUGGCUAGAGGAUGAAACACAAUUUUUAAAAAUACAUUUAGAACAAUAUUCAGGAAAUACCGGUGAUGCAUUUUGGAGCUUCAGGGAAGAUGAUAACCAGAAUACAAUGCCUUUCAGCACAGAUGUUGAUAAUGAUGGGUGCCGCCCUGCUUGUCAGUCUGUGAAGAGCUGCAGUCACCUCCAUAACAACACUGGCUGCAUCCAUGGCCUUCCUGGAAAACUGCGUGCAAUUGGAAUUCAGUAGGAUACAUGGACCGAAAACAGUUCUGCUGUCAAUAUUAAAUCUGCCUCAGUGAAGACUAGAAGAACUUACAACCCCUAUUUUAAGUAGUCUUAUUUUAAACUGUAGCACAAUUUCCAUAGUUAUUUUUGAAAAUGUGUUAAAACUUUUUUGUACAUAGUUUCUUUCUUACUUAGAGUUUAACAUAUUAGCCAAAAUUGAAUUGAAUAUAGAUGUCAUCUUAGUGCUGUGAGUUUAGUUAGUAAACUUCAAUUUUGCAGCACUUAUAAAAGCAAUCACAGCGUAUCAAGGCCAGAAGAGGGCACCAGACCCCAUUAGAGAUGGU